AUGUUGAUCGAUGAUUAUGCAUUGAAAAAAGUAUCCCAAUUAAUUAAAGACGAAGUAGCGUUGGGGUCAAUAACCGAAAUAAAAGAGCAGUUAAUCAAGGAGAAAUCUACCAUAGAUUAUCAACUAAGAAGAUCAACAGAAGUUCAUUUUGAUACUAUUCAAUCUGGGUUUGAUGCUUUAACCAGUUCUCAGAAAUAUGUAACAUCAUUAAAAAAUAAGGUUCAUACAAUCCACGAGCUUAGCGAGGAAUCCAAACAAUCUAUAGAACAUUACGAUAUUGUUAAAGAUGCUACCAAAAUACAAGAAAUUAUGGAUCAGACAACAAACAUAUAUGAUAAGAUUUUAUCGUUUAAUGAUACUCUUUCUAGGAUUGAUAAUAUGAUUAAUUAUGAAUUGAGUCAAGACUCUAUAGAGACUGGUUGUAGUGGGUUGCUAGAAAUUCAUUUUAUUUUAUCGAUGCUGAGGGAUUUCCAAGAACAUGUCAAUGUUUUGGCUACCGUGUCUAAUGACGAUGUACAAAGGACCAUACCAAAAAUUUUUCAGAAUAGUUCAGAAACAAUCGAAAGAUUCAAUUCUUUAUUAGAGAACAUCACGUAUGACUUGAUUGAAGCUUUCAGAGCUGGUAAUAAGUCUCUAUUAAUAAGAUAUUUUAAAAUAAUUGAGUUUGAAGAUCGCGAGGACACAAAGAUCAAGGCCAUGAGAUAUAUUAUCCAUUCAAAGGAAAAAGAAAUAGAGGCUACAAAAAUUAGAAAACUACCAAGUGAUUCAAUGCUUUACAACAAGAUUAAUGGGAAUGAUGUAGAAAACCAAAUUUCUGGAGACAAUCAACCCUCAAAUAGACUUUUGGCCAAUGAGAUAUUAAAUGGUACAGUAACUGGUAGAAUCAAUCCUAGAAAUUAUAAAAAAUUUAUGAUUGAGGUUAUUAAUAGAUCUAUUAGGGAGAUGUUUGUAGAAGUUAGGAAAGAAUAUACUGGUGACAAAAAAUUUGAGGUGAUAAAUAAUUUGGAUUGGGUACUCAAUGAACUUUUUGUUGCUCAAAAACAUUUGACGGAAUGCUGUCCUAGAUCACUUGAUAUUUUUAAGAUUUAUUUUGAUGCUUAUUAUAAGGAAAUGAAAUCUUUAAUGAGUGAAUUAGUUGAGGCCGAGCCGGAGACUAUUAUUAUCUUGGAUAUUUUGGAUUUUGAUAAGCAAUUUACUAAAUCUUUAAUGAGUGAUUUUGGGUUUAAAAAGGAUGACAUCAAGAGUAUUUUGGGAGACAAAGAAAAGGAGACACUAUUAGAUGAUUAUUUGAAUUUAAUUUUAAUGAAAAUGAAAGAAUGGAUUGGGAAUUUGGAAAAAACCGAGUUAGAAAUAUUUGUAGAAAGGAAAACACCACCGAUCAAAGAUGCCGAGAAUUUGUUAUGCUUGGAUGGGACCAAGACAUGCUUUCAAAUGUUUACACAGCAGGCUGAGGUUGCUGCUGGUUCGGGCCAGGUCAAGAUUUUGUUAGGUGUUAUUGAAAAAUUCUGCGGUUUACUAAAUGAAAGGGAAAAGAUAUGGAUUAGAACGAUACAAAGUGAAGUUGGAAGAUGGUUGAAUUAUAACCGGAAAUGCCGUGACGACCCAGAAGAUGUUACCAAAGAUGAUGAAUGUGCUGCUGGGCUAAUUGAAUAUUUAAUUGCUGUUGCGAAUGAUCAAAUGAGAGCCGCUGAUUAUGCAGUUGCUAUUUCACAAAAAUAUGGAGAUAUGGUUAAUAAGACCAAUGCGCAUAUUAUUGAGAAUUUGAUUGAAGGCACAUUGGAUGGAUUUGCACAAGUUGCCAAAUGUAGCACAAGUGGGCUAAUUUCCGUUAUAUUUGACGAUUUGCAGAAGCCGUACGCCGAAAUAUUCAGUAAAAAUUGGUAUACUGGGAACCAGGCCCAGCAAAUCUCUGAUACAUUGAUGGAAUAUUUAAGUGAUGUGAAAUUACAAAUGAAUCCGUUUGUAUACUCUACAUUUGUGGAGAAUGUAAUUGAAGAAACAAUUUUGAAAUUUUUCAAUGCUUUAAAAUAUGAACAUUCAUUUAAAAUUAAACGUAGUAAAUUUUUGGAUGCAAUGAAGAGGGAUUUUGAGAUUUUUUACAAAUUAUUUAUCCAAUUUGUUACAGACAAGGAGGCUAGGGCUGUUGUCAUCGAUGGUAAAUUCAAAUUUGUAGAGUUUUUCAUGGAUUUAUGUUGCGAGCCUAGUGAUACUUUAUUAGCAACGUGGUCCAAUCUAUUAAAAACAUAUCCAGAUUGUCCUGUUACAUUGUUAUCUGGAAUAUUGAUGUGUAGAGAUGACAUAAGUUCUUCAAAUUCCAAAGAUAUAUUGAUUAAUGCUAGACAGAUAGAAAAGGCAGCCUUGGACAAAGCAAAGCAAGAUCCAGAUUAUCAGCCCACUUUCAUGUCUAACUUUACGCUAAAUUGA